CAUUUCAACAGUUUACUGUUAGAGUCGGUCCAGGUUGGAUUACUGUGAUACUGUCAUACAGAACGGUGGUGUUUUAGACAUGUCAAUUGAAACAAUCAAAAGUAAAAUGAUUCUAGAAGAGAAAAUUUGUGAUUUGGAAGAAAAAAAUUCGUUAUUCGUUGCCCAGAUAGCGGAAUACGAGAAAAUGAGAACGUCUUGUUCCGACAACUUGGACUCUAUUAAAACUAAUUUGGAAACUCUCCAAGAACUGUUGGCUAAAUGCAGAUCUCAGCUAUUCAAUCAACCGCAUCACACAUCCCGACAGACAUUCUCUACCAGUUUUCUUUUGGAAGAUGAAAGUUCUAAAGAACGUUUAUUUGAAGUAAACUCAUCUCUGAAAAGUGAAGUUGAAGUACUGAGGGCCCAGGUAGAAAUCUUCAAAAAAGAUUUCACCGAUGAAAGAACAGCACGAGAAGCUCUAUUGCUGGAAAAGAACCGACUUGCUAGAGAAUUAAGCAAACUGCAGCAGCAGAAUCGAGAAUUGAUUGCCUGCAGUAAAGCCGGUCUUGUAGAACAUCAAGAAUCUAGCAGUAGCGCCCAAACAGACAAUAAAUCGUCUAACCAAGUAAGCUGGGAAGUGAAAAAUCGGAAUGACCGACAAUUGGAGCGUUCUUCGUCGCACUGCUCACUAUGCAACAAAUAUUUUGGAGACAUUCAAUCGCUCGAGACACAUAUUGACGAGUGCCCCGCCUACUGAACUGAUGACCAACAAUGACAUGAUCAACGAAAUCACUUGGAUGUUUGAAAAUAAAAUUGAAAUUCAAAAAUGUCAAA